AUGGGUGCUACUCGUGCGCAAAAGGAGCUGUACUUCGUCAAGCUCAAGGAGCUUGUCGUCAAGUACCCUUCCUUGUUCAUCGUCAACGUCGACAACGUCGGUUCCAACCAGAUGCACCAGAUUCGUGUCUCUCUCCGUGGCAAGGGUGUUGUUGUUAUGGGCAAGAACACGAUGGUUCGCCGCGCUCUCCGUACUAUCCUCGGCGAGUACCCCACUCUCGAGCGUCUCCUUCCCCACGUCAAGGGCAACAUUGGGUUCGUCUUCACCUCUGGUGACCUCAAGGAUAUCCGUGAGAUCAUCACCGCCAACAAGGUCGCUGCGCCCGCUCGUGCAGGCGCUCUUGCCCCCAAGGAUGUUACUAUCCCCGCUGGCAACACUGGCAUGGAGCCCGGCAAGACGUCCUUCUUCCAGGCCCUCGGUAUCCCGACCAAAAUCGCUCGUGGUACCAUCGAAAUCGUCUCCGAUGUCCAGGUUGUCACCGGGGGCACUCGCGUCGGCCCCUCCGAAGCAACCCUGCUCAACAUGCUCAACAUCUCGCCAUUCACGUACGGUAUGACCGUUAUCCAGAUCUUCGACCAGGGCAACAUCUUCUCGCCGGAUGUCCUCGAUGUUUCUGAGAAGGAGCUCCUUGAGCGCUUCACCAAGGGUAUCACCACCAUUGCGGCCCUCUCCCUUGCUCUCCACUACCCCACCAUCGUUUCCGUCAUGCACUCCCUUGUUAACUCGUACAAGAAUCUCAUCGCCGUUGCGCUUGCGACCGAGUACACGUUUGAGGGUGCGGAGAAGGCCAAGGAGUACCUCGCCAACCCCGAGGCAUUCGCGGCCGCUGCCCCUGCGGCCGCUGCGGAUGCGGCUCCCGCUGCUGCCGAGGAGGCUGCUCCCGACAAGCAGGAGGAGGCGGAGGAGUCCGACGAGGACAUGGGCUUCGGUCUCUUCGACUAA